AUGGAUAGCGAAGAAGCACAGCUUGCUAGGGAGCGUGAUCAAAAAUGCCAAAGAGAGGGUACAGAAUCAGCUGAACAAUGCGAAGCACGUCUCGCACGUGAUCGCGAGCAAAAGCAACGAAAAGUAGGGACGCAAAAAAGUUGUGACUAG